AUGCAGAGAAAUGGGGAUGGAUCUGCACCUGCUGAGAACGUUCAGGGUUCGUGUGAGCUGAAGGGGCGCACUGAUCACCCAUGGGCACCAAGUGCCAUCACACUGGACUAUUCUUUCCCAGAAAAGAGAGAGACAGCCCUUCCUCCUCGUGCUGGAAAUGGGAUGCGCCAGCUGGAGGAGCGGUUAUCCAGGCAGGAAAGGACCAUGGCUCUUCUCCUCGAGCAGGCUGCCCACAUCAAGGAUGACUUGCUCUCCUGCCUCCGAGGGCCCCGAGGGGAGCAGCAAGGGGACGUAGCUGCCCAGCAGCUCCUGCAAAGCCACUUCCAGGCCAUCGUGGGCACGGUCAAGCAGCUCUGCCGGGACGUUGAGGUUUUGGAAAUGCAGAUAAGGACCAGGGAUAAUGCCACACUAGAAAGUAACUUUGCUCUUCGAAGUCUGCACCGUAAAUACAUCCAGGGUUUUGGAGACCUACGUGGAAGAGUGGCAAGGUGUGAAGCAAGCAUUGCCAAACUAGCAGGAGACAUCAAUAGCAUCAGGCAUGAGGCCCGUAAGACUGAUAAAGAGAUUUACGGCGUGCGCGCUGCCCUUGAAAAGUCUGUUAGUGAUUUUGAGAAGAAGGUGAUGCAGCUAUUAGAGAAGAUAAAAACUUCCAGCUCUGAUCAAAGCUUAAAUUUAAAGACAGUCCGGGGAGAUCAACAUCACGAAUUGCAACUUCUGGAUUUCAAAUUGACAAGUACUCAAAAUGACUUCAAAGCUCAAAUACAGGCUCAGCAGAAGUGGACGGAGAUGCAGCUGUCGAGGUCCGAGCAAGACCAAGCCUACCACAGGAACCAGCUGCUUCACUCGCUGAAGGAGAGGCUGGAAACAGCAGAAAAGAGACUAGAAGAGAAACUUCUGGGUCUGUCACUGAAGCUGGAAAGAGCAGACAGGCCGCACAGGUAUGAAAAGCAGUUGGCUCAGAUGAAGAAGGAUGAGAAAGCCCUGCAGGCAAAGAUUGCCACCUUGGAAAGACAGGUCUGGGACGAGCUGGAGGAAAUGCAACGUGAGUACAGAUCAGGAUUUCGGUCCAUUCGUGAGUCUCUGGAACUGCUCAGACAAAUACAGAACACAAAAUUGAAACUUGAAAAAAAGAAAAUUCGGGAAGACGUGACAAACUUAUGA